UGCGGGGAAACGGAAUUGGCAUUCGCUGGCGCCGUGCAACUAGUACCCUCAAUUAUGUCAAUUAUGUGAGUCACUCACCGGACAAGUCCUUGACAUCAAAACCCUCAAUCACCCCCACGCUUCACUCAGCAACAACACUUUCACUCAGCAACAACACUUUCACCCAGCAACAACGCUUGACAGGUCGAUAGACGUCACUCACUCCCAACCCGUUCUCAAUUCGACCCAGCAACACAAUUACCGCGCAUCCCGCACACUCUCCCCCACGAUGGCCCCCGACAACAUUGCCGAGAUAUCCUCCCUCCUAAUCCAAGAACUGGCCCAAACCGAGUUCCAGUGCGACGAGCUGCACCCACGCAGCGGCGGGCACGCAAACUACGUCUUCCGCGGCCGGCUGACCACGCCCCUGGCAGACGGGACCAGCGAGGUGCUGAUCAAGCACGGCGAGGGCUACCAAUCGACGAACCGCGCCUUUGAAUUGCCGACCUCGCGCUGCACCAUCGAGUCCGCCUGCCUCUCCGCCCUGCAGGACCUGCCCCCGGCGCAACCCAACCCCUGGUGCGUUCUGCGCACGCCGCGCGUGCACCACUUCAACGCGGCGACCAACACGCAGAUCCAAGAGUACCUCCCACACGCAAUCGACCUGAAGAACUACGCGCUCAAGCGCUACGGCGCGCCCACACCGGCCGCGCAGCGAGCACAAUGCCUCGGCAUCGGCUCGGGCCUCGGCCGCUGGCUGCGCGGCUUCCACGACUGGGCGGCGCGGGAGCAGGCGGCGGCGCUGCGCGAAUCCGCCGCGCGGAACCGCGCCCUGCAGCGGCUGAAGCACUUCUCGUACUACGAGCACCUCGUCACGCGCCUCGUCGACGCGGUGCCCGACGUGCUCGGCGCGCACGGGGACGUGCUGCGCCAGAUUGCGCGCAUGGCCGAGCAGGAGCUGGAGGACGACGCGGCGCUGCAGGUUGUGCACGGUGAUUUCUGGACCGGGAACGUGCUUCUGCCCGACGCCGAGAUCGGCGAGCCGACGGCGAUGACCAUGUUCAUCGUCGACUGGGAGGUGGUGUCGCUGGGCAUCCGCGAGCGCGACAUUGGCCAGAUGCUGGCCGAGCUGUACCAGCUGAAGCUGUACGAGGGCAUUGACGCCGGGCUGUGGCUGAUGGAGGGCUUUUUGGGCGGCUACGGCAGCCUGAGCCGGGAGGCGGCGUUCCGGACGGCGAUCCAUGUCGGCUGCCACCUCGUCGUCAUUGGCGGGUCCGUCUACGGCUGGGGAUCCGCCGAGAACAACAAGCGUGUUGUUGCUUUUGGGAGGGACGUCAUGCUCAGCGCUUGGAGGAAGGAUGAGGCGUGGUUCGAAGGCCGCCCGCUGCAUCAGUUGUUCCGGAGCUAGACAGAACAACGCUCUGGGACACUGUUAUAUCUCUAACUUGGCGCCUUGAGUGAGAGACCAAGAUCACAGUACUAGGUGCUGUAAGUAGGCAACACGGCCCAAUUGAGGACGUGGCUUGCCCUGGAGUUAAGAGAGUAUCUUGGAGUUCUCCAAGGAUUUGCCUCGCCAUUUUGCUUCGUCAUAUUGUGUCGCCAUAUCUCUCUACAUCAAGCCCCUUUGUCAGAAAACGGUUCAACAACGAUGGAAAGAGGCAUUGACUAGAACACCAGCAGAAAUGA